AUGAAAAAUUCCGUCAACGAUUCCUCCAGCACAUCGUCUCUUAAUGUAAAUAACAUCUUGGAUAUAAAUUUUGGUGGUAUAUUAUUCAGCCACACAAAGGAGCUCCCCAAAAUUGUGUUGGGGUUAUGUAUUGUGACUAUACUUGGAGCACUUUUGAAGGUCAAAUUGAAAGAUUCACACUUUCCUCUCCCACUAAUCCUGUUUUUCAUAGGAUGUUCUUUUGAAAUCCUAAGCUUUGCAUCUUAUCAGGUGAAACAAUAUGCAGAGAUGUUACAAUGGAUGGAUCCUGCCAUAUUUAUUAAUUUGUUUACUCCAAUAAUUAUAUUUUCAGUUUCAUUCGAUAUAGAUUUUUACAUGCUUCAAAAACUAUUUUGGCAGAUAAUCGUACUUACAGUCCCAGGCUUUUUCCUGAAUUACGCCUUGGUUGACUGGUAUCUGUUCUCUGUGAAUAAGUUACUUUUGAAAGGCGUCACACGGGUACUGUUUGCAUUCAUCAUUGUUUGUACAGAUCCCAUGCUGACUACAACUGCUAUAAAGAAUCUUGGUCUUUCGAAGGGACUCACACACUUAAUUAAAGGUGAAUGCAUAUUCAUGGCUGCUUUAGCUGAAAAUACCUUCAAGAUCACUUUACAUGUUGCCAACAAUUAUCAUAAACAGAUUUCUACAAAGUUAGGUAUUCUUAUUGUGACUGACAUUCUGAUAAAAUUUUUUGGAAGUUCUCUUUUUGGAUUUAUAAUGUACAAAGUUUUCCUAUUAUGGCUUAGAAAUAUAUUUUCUGAUGAUAUCACUGAAGGAAUGCUUAGUUUUUCAUUAAUAUACAUCAGUUUUUAUGUGGCUGAAUGGAGUGGAAUGUCUGGAAUUAUUUCUUUGACUAUGUUGGCUCUUCUUUUAAAUUCCACAAGUUUUAAACCAGGAGCUCAGCUAUUCCUUUACAAAUUCUGGAAAAGUCUCAAAUUUUUUGCUUAUCUGAUGAUAUUUACCCUGAUUGGACUGUUGAUCCCAACACAUACAUACUUAUAUUUAUCAUUUUCGGAUAUAUAUUAUGCAGUGCACUUCUACUUCACACUGAUUGUCAUCAGAAUUCUGGUCUUUCUGAUAAUGAGCCCCAUUUUAUCUCGUCUUGGCUAUGGAUUUACCUGGCGCUGGGCAUUUACAAUUGUCUGGAGUGAAAUGAGGGGGCUACUUAACAUAAACAUGGCUCUAAUGUUUUCUUACUCAGAUAAUACUAUGGGAACAGAGAAUGAAAAAUCUCAGGUAUUACUUCAUGGAGUAUUACUAUGUUUAAUUACUUUGGUGAUCAAUUCAAUCACAUUACCACGGGCAAUUAUCCAAUUAGGUCUCCGUGACAUUACAUUAACACAGCGCAAGUCACUCUAUUACACUGUUCAACAUUUUCAAGAAAUAAUCAAGGCUUCAGCUUCUGCAUUAAAAUUUGACAGAGAUCUUGCCAAUGCAGAUUGGAACUUGGUUGACAAAAAAAUCAUGUUUACAAAUCCAUAUAAGUUGAAGCCAGAAGAAGAACGACGGAACCUCAAAUGUCCAGAUUGUAACAAGGAAAUAAGAGAGGCCACCAUUAAUACUGAAAUCAUGGAACUGGCAAGAAUACGUCUCUUAUCAGCACAAAUAGCAAGCUAUGAGAGGCAAUACAUACAUGAGAUUUUGUCCCAAGGUGCAGUCAAAGUGUUGGUGGGCGCUGCGGGGAGUUUUGGCGAUAAAAAAGGAGAAUUUAUGAGUUUUCAGACAAUACGGGCUUAUGCUGAAAAAAAGAAAAUUUUUAAUUUUAUGAGGAAAAUAUUACUUAAUUGGGUUUAUAACACUAGAAAAGAAAAAGGAGUGCCAUCAAAAAUUCCAAUUCUUUUAUUUUGUCAUAAGAUUGUAUUUAAUGAGGAAUUUAGAUCCAGUGUAUAUCUUAUAAUCAUAUUGAAUAUGGCUCCUCUUCUAAUUUCUUGGAUACCCAAAUUAUAUGACAUUUACAAGAAAGAAGUCAGGACUGUAAACCAUAUGUUCCUUUCGUUUUACAUAAUAGAGAGCAUACUUAAGUUAGCAGCAAUGAGAAAGGGAUAUUUCCAACAUAACUGGAACCUCUUUGAGUUAAUGAUCAUAAUAUUUGGCGUCAUUGAAGAAAUACUGCUGUCGACAGAUGCUGUUAAGAAUUCUAUCUAUAUGUAUCAAGCUGUCGUCUUUCUAAAAAUUGUGAAUUUACUUCGUAUCUUUCGCAUCUUAAAGCUCAUAACACCACUGCUCCUUCAAGUAAUAGAUAGACGAAUGACCCAUCAAUUGUCAUUUAGAUACGCCAUUUUAAAAGGAUAUGUCCAAGGGGAAGCAGAUAUAGCAUGUAUAAUCGACAAGAUUUCUAGUAGUAAAUUAGUUGCUGAGGAAUUACGUAAGCGUGUCUCAAUGAAUGCAGAACGGGCUAUGAAAGAGCUAGGCUAUUUAGAGUAUGAUCACCCAGAUAUUGCCAUCACUAUGAAAACCAAGGAGGAAAUUAACAGUUUGCUCGGAAUGGCGUCAGAGAUUCUCAAGAACUUAAAGUCAAAAGGAAUAAUUAAUAAAGCUGAAGUUGCUGAAAUACACAAGGUAACAAGGAUAAUUCAACCAGUAUUUAUUAGAUCAUACAUCAAUGUCCAGUGGCAAGAUAAAAAUAAAAAUGUUGGUGAUCUAAAUUUCUGGUACUGGCAACGGAUAAAGACAGAGUUGCAACUUGACCACUCUGAUACCUAUUACAAACAGCACAAAACAUGCUAUCUGCAGUCAUAUUUUGAACCUUAUUUUGAAUAUAAUCAUAACUAUAUAUUUUAUGGGAAUGUUCAGGAUUUCUCCUCUGGAAAGGAGAACCCUAAAGAUUUAGCUGAAAUUCCAGUCAUGUCAGAGGCUUGGACUACAAAUAAUGAUGAAGAGCAAACUGAAGAUCCACAGAUUCACUUGGAUAUUGAGAACCAGAACAAGGAGUUUAUGCGACAGAGUUCCAAAUAUUAUUUUGGAAUUGACCAACAACUCUUGGAGACAAAAGAAAAAGAGAAAACAGUUUAUGCAGACUAUCUCCUCAGUGGGGCAAUCAUAGGAGAACUGAACUGCUUGACUGAGGAGCCCAUGACAUUUACUGCCACCUGUAAAACUGUAGUAGAGACCUAUUUCAUCAGCAAAAAAGAUAUCUAUGAUAUAUUCUAUAAUUGCUGUCCUUCCAUAGAAUACAAAAUGUGGCUCAAAUUGGCACUUGCUAUCGGUGCUAAAAAAGUCAAGGAAAUUUUGGCUUACGAGGAUUGGACAUACAACCUACAGUUUCAGCUUUGUAAUGUGUAUGUGAGAGAUGUACCAUUAGGUUUCAAAGUUGAUAUUUAUGAUGAAACUGUGAGCUACGUUAUUCUUACAUAUGGAAGUGUAGAAGAUUGCCAGUUACAGAAAAAUUACUUUGCGCCUACACUAAUUCCUAAAACGUGUCAUCAGAUAAAAGGCAUUGCAAGAAUAACAAAAAUACUAGUGAUUCAGACAUCAGUUGAUCUAAAAAAAUGCAGAAGCAACACUGUAAGAUAUGUCCCUAUUUGUGAACAUGUUAGAGCAGGAUCUAAACAUAAAAUGAGCUUCUUGUUAGAUGACAAAUAUGGAGAAGAUUCAACUUCAGGAAAAACUAUGGAUGCACCGAAAAAUGCUGAAAACUUCACAGUGAGCUUUGAAUCACUUGAUGCUUUCUGA